CAAAGUUGCCAAGUUUGGGGACCUUGGACUUAAAAUAUUGGCUAAAUGGAUGGUUUUUAAGUGGAUUACUAGCUGGAAAUCUUUCUAACAUGAAGAAUGUUAGUGUUCACUGACUGACUUCACAGGAAGGAAUGCACUGAUGUCGCUGGUUUUUUUUAAUUGUUUUUAUUUUGCACCCAGAGCUAUUUUUGCAUAUUAAAAGGGAACUGCAGGGGUUUUUAAAAGCUUAAAAUUUGCAUGCAUGACUUUUGAGCUGCACUGAGACAUGUUGAGGGAUGCAGCCCCCUGAGGCCUCCUCUGCAACUUUGAAGAUCUCUCUAACCUAGAGAAACUCGGGAACCAACCAUGGAGAGCGCCUACCUGAGAAAAAGCCUGGGCACUUGUUUAGCCGGAGGCCUUGCUGAAAUUGCGGAGCAUCGGCCCUCAGAUCCUAUCCUGUACCUGGCCCACUGGAUUUACAAGUACAAGAAGAACAUGAUUGAAGAACUGCAGAGGAAAUUGGACAGGGAAGAACUGGAGCGAGAGCGUGAGGAGGCUCAAAAGGAAGUGGAAAUGCUAGAAAAAAUGAAAGAAGAAGAACUUUUGAUUCAGCAAAAGCUGGAAGUAGAGAGACAGGCCCAGAUGGAACGAGAACAGGAAGAGCGGGAGCGGAUGGAGCGAGACCGCACUGAGGAUCUCCUGCAGGAGCAGAAGCGCCAGGCAGAGAUGGAGGCCAAGAUUGCCGCUGAGAAGGAGGCAGUUUCAAAGACUCUGGCAGAGCUAACUGACAAAUAUGGAGCUCCUCAUCUCAGUCGGGUUGAAGAGAUAGACGAAAUGGAGCAAUCUGAACAUGCCUUCACUACUGUUGUCGACUCGGAGGAAGAACAAUAAAUCUGUUCCUGUCUAUUCCAGAACCAUCAUGAUUUUCUGCAAAUGUGGAUGAAACCCAUCCAAGAGACUUAGAAUGAGUUAAUACAGUUAAGUGAAUUGAAAAAGAUUACAAAGAAAAAAUUAAAUUGCAG